GAUCAAGACCAAUCGACUGAGCCGUGAUACAAUGGUCGUGCAUGGACUGUGGAUCAUCAAUAAGGCUGGAGGGCUGGUGUUUCAGCGAAACUAUGCAGAGGGUCUUUCCUCCUUGACGGCGAACGAAUAUCUUGUCCUGGCUGGAACGUUGCACGGAGUUCACGCCAUCACUUCCAAACUAUCACCCACGGGAAAAGGUUCCGGAGUGCAGGUUAUCGAGGGAGAAGAUUUCAAACUCAACAUCAUGUUGACACUGACCGGUACCAAGUUCGUGCUCAUCACGUCAUUACCCCACCCAAAUCCCGAGUCAACGCUCCAGAAAGUCUAUGAAGCUUAUUCCGAUGCAGUAAUGAAGAAUCCUUUCUACACGCUGGAGAUGCCCAUCAACGUGAACGGCUUCGAUGAAAGGAUCCGUACUAUCGUCGCCAGUACGGUGGGAUAAUGACGGACUAUAAAAGCCCACCGAUAAAUCGCAGUCGUCAUUGAUUCGAGGACGUCGUCUAGAAAGCUCAUCGGCGUUCGUCGAGCUGACGAGCCAAACGCUGCCACCGUACCGUCAUGACGGCCAGCGCUGCCAUCACCACACCAACACAUCCCCGCCUGUCUGGUAUAAGGCUUCACCGCCAUGGAUAGCUCGGCAGCAUCCAUCGCUAGGAGAAAUCGCUUAGCCGACCUUUCUAUGAAUCGCCGAAGAUCACGGACGGACACAUCAGAGAUCCCGACCCCGUCUCGAACGACAUUCACGUAUACCCAUUGUCCUUGCUCGACAGAACGGGCCUUGUACUUCAUACUCACUUGUACCGGAUACUAUCUAGAUACCAAAUCCCCACAUG